UCUCUCGCUCCACCACGCUCAUUUUGUCUCCGGCUAGCUGAAGCAUCACUGUGGCUGUAUGCGCUGUAUUUUCGUCUCUCUCUCUCUUUCUCUCUCGCUGUGGAUCUCAGGUUGGUGUUUGUUCGGAGGAAUCUGCUGUGAAGCUGAAACACAGGAUCAAGAAAAGUGUGUGUGGACACAGAGAGUCUUCAUUAGACUGGUCAUCUGUACAUGGAUAUUCCCCGCUGGACAGGUGAUCUCUGUACGUCCGGCGCUGUAGCUGUGUUUGGGAACGUGCUGUGCAGCGGGCCGGGCCUGGCCGAUCACCUGUGGCGAAUCAGACAUCCUCUGUUCAUCACACUGGGUAACCAGGAGGCCAGCAGUCCCGCAGACGCAAUGGCGCAGACUUUCACCCCGCAGUACGCCCAUCCGGCUCAGAACGGAAUCCCAGCCGAGUUCACCACGCCGCACGCCCUUCCCACGCAAGACUACACGGCACAGAGCCGCGUCCCGGAUCACAGCCUGACGCUUUACACGCCGACACAGAUACACAGCGAGCUGGCCAACGGUGACAGCAACACGCCAGACAUCUCCAGCAGUACCAACACGACAACGACAGACGACGUGACGCAAACUGUAGUUUCCCAACAGCUGAUGCUCUCAGACUCCACAGAAAAACAGCAACCCAAGAGAUUGCACGUCUCCAACAUUCCCUUCCGCUUCCGGGAUCCGGAUUUACGGCAGAUGUUCGGGCAAUUUGGGAAGAUCUUAGACGUGGAGAUUAUCUUUAAUGAAAGGGGAUCAAAGGGCUUUGGCUUUGUAACGUUUGAAACGAGCACAGAUGCAGAUCGCGCGCGGGAGAAACUAAACGGUACAAUCGUAGAAGGACGUAAAAUCGAGGUGAACAACGCCACAGCCAGAGUGAUGACAAAUAAGAAAGCAGUAAACUCGUACACAAACAGUUGGAAACUGAAUCCAGUUGUUGGAGCCGUUUAUGCACCUGAGCUCUACGCAGUGACGGGUUUCCCGUACCCCACAGCAGGGGCGACAGUGACCUACAGAGGUGCUCAUCUGAGAGGAAGAGGUCGAGCCGUUUAUAACCCCUUCCGUACGGCCCCGCCUCCUCCGCCUAUCCCGGCCUAUGGAGCAGUUCUGUAUCAGGACGGAUUCUACGGCGCUGAGAUCUAUGGCGGUUAUGCAGCGUACAGAUAUACACAACCUACGACAGCUACAGCCUUCAGUGACAGUUAUGGGCGAGUCUAUGCAACAGCAGAUCCAUAUAAUCAUGCCAUCGGCCCUGCAACCACUUACAGCGUGGGAACAAUGUAAAUACAGUUAAAGAUGGACAGAGACAGAACUGCACCUCAGGACAUCAGGACACACGAUCAUCAUGAGGAAAUCCAGAGAAAAACAAUGAAAAUAAAAUGUACAUUCAACUGGAAAAUAAUGGACAAGAAUGAGACGGCUAUUGAAAGAACCAAUGAAAAACAUCUGAAAACAUUUUAUUUUUUAUAUAUUUGCGUUAAUGAAGCGAAGCAGUUCAUGUACACGAAGAUACGCGUUUAUGUUUAUCUCAGUUGAAGAUGGACAGAAAAUUGACACUGAUAUGAGUGUGAAGGGAUUUCUGCCCACAUUCUCCACCAUAAUCUCUUUUACUCCACAUGGACGGAGCUUACGUCCUCAUUGCUCACUCACCAUUUCUUCCUCUUCCUGUGAAGAAGACACAUUGGUCCACUUCCAGCUUCUGAUUCGUUUAUGUGGAUAGAGCUACGCAUUCACUUCCUGUGGCUGAUGUCAUAACUCUCUGAUGAUUGGCAAUGUUGCCGACCAACUUCCUGUGUCGUACCUGGUUCAGACUAUUUUAUUAUAAAACUAAAGAUGUCAAUUUCUGAUCAGUAUUCUCCAGCUAUUAAGACGACGAGGAGGGUGAGUUUGUUCAUACUGGUUGAUAAACGCACAACUGCAAAACAAGAGCCUCAGACAACAGAAUAUUAUACGAGUCAGAAAUAUAUAAAAAAAAAUUUUGAUUGCAUCUCAGUGAUGUCAGGGUUGUAGUUUAUGACAAGAGGGCCGCGCUUGUGAAACACGUGAUUUGCAUACAAAUGAUUUACACUUAAAUUCACUAUGCUGGGGUCAUGAUGCAAGUGCAUUACUAUAUAAACGCGUUUACUUUAAACCAGGUGAAGUAUUCCCAGCCAAAAUAAAUGAAACGGAUGCAUCUAUAGUCUUUAACGUUAGAAAAGUAUUAUAGGAUUAUUAUAGUACUAUAUGAAAACUAUAUCCACAGAUUUACCUACAUAAAAUGCUUCCUUUAAAAAUGAUGUUUUACAAAGUGACUGUUAACCUGUUCUCUGGUAAAUACGUCAGCUAUACGCAGUAUUUCAGGGGGGUGUAACAAACAGAGGAUUUUAUUUAGGAAAAUGGCUUGAAUUUUUAAAAGAACAUUUUCCCGUUCAACGUGUUUUCAAGAAUGUAUUCAUAUAUGUUCAGAGUGUAUUAGUAGAUGUAUUUGUACAUAGAUAACACAUAUCUAUUAUUGAGUAUUGGGAGUUGCGUGAAGUGGCUGUGUGUGUGCGCGUGUGAGACGCUCUUUUUAUAUUUUAUUCCACUCAUAACUGAAUCGUGCUUUAUUAUCCAGCCUGUACUCUGUGACACAUUUAUACACUUUCACAGUCUAUUGUUGAUAUAUAUUGAGAUUAUUAUACCCUAGAAAAAAACGUUUACCUUUUUAGAUUUAAAUGAAUAUUACUUAUUAUAUUUACAAAGCCUCAUAAGCUUUGCUUAGGUUGGAGUUUAUCUCUAACCCCGCCUCUUCCAUAAAGUUGUUUAAACAAUGAUUGGACAAACCAGGCAUUUGUGACCCAUGUUGCUCUGAUAAAAGAUUUAAGAAUUAUUUGAAUAAUGCUGAUAUGAUGCAGAUGUCUGAGAGUUAUUUCCUCUAUAGAAAGAUCAAGACUUGAAAUGUUUUUUUAAACCAGGGGUUUUCAAACUGUGGUCCAGGGACCACCAGGAGGAUCCAGGGCAGGAGUGGAGAACCCAGGGUCCUGGAGGGCCACUGUCCUGCAGAGUUUAUUUCCAACCCUAAUCAAACACACCUGAAUUUAAUUUCCAAGUAAUCCUGAAGACUUUAAUUAGAUUUUUCAGGUGUGUGUAAUUAGGGUUGGAACGAAACUUUGCAGGACAGUGGCCCUCCAGGACCAGGGUUCCCCACCCCUGAUCUAGGGGGUCCCCAGAAAAUUUCAUAGUAUUUUUUAUGUAUUUAUUAUGUGUUUGUUUAAUUUCUUGCCACAUAUAUUCCAGUAUUGUUUUAUUUGCUUUGUAUCUUUCUAGUGUGUUUUCGUAUUACAAUGUCCUCACUGGGAUUUGUAAGGCAGUAUCCUUGUAAAGCUACCGUGAAACAAGGUUUAUUGUCAAAGUUGCUGCAGUAAAAAAUACAUUUAAAUUGAAAAUGUUUCUCUUUAGGUUUAUACAUAUAGAAUUACUCUAAAGCAGUGGUUCCCAAACUGGGGAGGGGGCUGGUGGGCCCCAGUUUGGUUAAAUUUAAUAAAAUUUUACAAAAAAAACAACCAACAGCACUACAUUGUAUAAUUUAACAUGUUUUGUUUUGUUUUGAUUAAAACUAGCAAAAAAAUCCGCCAAUGGGGUAAACAAAUUUAAUUAAGUGUUUAGGAAAAAAGUUUUUUGCUUACCCCAUCUGCAGAUUUUUUUGCUUGUUUUAUGCACAAAUUCACUUAAAUGUAAUAUUUUUUACUUAUUAUCUUAAGUAAUUUUGUUCAUCAAGAAAAACAUCUUAAUUUAAGAUUUUUUAGAUAUAAGUUUUGUUAAAUUCAAAUUCUAAGUUUCAGAUAGUUUUCGGUCAUGAUUUUUCUCUGGGGUAGAGCGCAAAGGGAUGCAUCCUACACUGCAUGCUGAAAAGUUUGAGAACCACUGCUCUAAAGUUUGGUUAUACGUAAAAAUAUGUAAAUUUAUAUAUAUUUUAGGUAGGGGGUCACUCACAAAAGGUUUAUAAUAUUUAGGCGUCGAUAGUAUCAUGAGGUUUGAAAACCCCUGCAAAAAUGUAAUCUUAAAAUAAUAAUAAAAUUCUUAAAUUAGGAUACAUUAUGAUGACCUAAGAAAAUAUCAUAUUUAAGUGAAUAUCAUAUUUUAAGUGAAUUUUGUGAUUAAAACAAGCAAAAAAAUCUGCCAAUGGGGUAAACAAAAUUUAAUUAAGUGUUUAGGAAAUAAAGUUUUUUGCUUACCCCAUUGGCAGAUUUUUUUUCGCUUGUUUUAUGCACAAAUUCACUUAAAUUUGAUAUUUUUUACUUAUUAUCUUAGGUCAUUUUACUCAUCAAGAAAAUGCAUCUUAAUUUAAGUAUUUUUAGAUAUUUGUACUGAAAACAAGACAAAAAUACUAAGAAAGUUUUUUUUUUUAAACACAAAUGAAGGUGACACAAACAGAGAAUAGUUAUUAAACAACCGAGUGGUGCUCAGAGAUAUAUUAAACCACAAUUAUAGAAAUAAAAAUGUCAAUCUCUAAAAACAAUUGUACAUAAAACAAACAUUGUAAAAUAGCUGAAAAUAUGCAAACCGUACAUUUGAAAACCUGUGUGCUCUUACUGUGUAACUCAACCAAUCAGUGUUUGCGUCAUUGAAGGAUGAACAAUCGAUGGGUGAUAUUUACUGUGCAUGUGCUACAGUAUCACAUAACAAAUCCAUCAUAACAGAAGAAAACAUGUUUACAAGCAGGAUUUUCUUUGUCCUUGAUGUCAACACAGUGAAUAGACAGACAGACAAAACACAUAUAUGCAAAUGAACUGUACUGACAACAAUCUAGAGUUUGAUAAAUCAAAGUAAAUACGAAUCAUAUUUCAAGACGUUUACAUGACCUAACAAAUCAUCAGCUUAUUAAAGGAUUGGUCCAGGUUUAAUUCAGGUUAAGCUCUACAGUCCAUCUCAUAUCUUCUAUUUAAAAGAUGUUAAGAAGUGUGAAGAAACAAAAAGGUUUGU